AUGUCAAAAAAAUAUUAUGAAAAAUUAUUAUGCGACAUUCAAAAUCAAUCCAAACCCGUGGAGUCAAAAUUCGGGUCGUAUAUCCUCCAAAAGUUCGGAUGGGAAAAAGGUAAAGGAUUAGGCAAAAACGAGAAUGGGAAUGUUAAUAUCAUGAAAAUAAAAAAAUAUGGAGAACAUGGGCUUGGGUAUAAAGAACAUAAUGAUGAGCAAAGCACCGAUGGUAUGUGGUGGGAGAACAUGUAUAACAAUUGUGCGAAAAAAAUGAGUACCAAUAAUAAUGACAAGAAUGAAAAACAGAAUAUUAUAGACAAUCAAAAAAUAAAAAAUAAUAAAGAAGAUGAAAAUGUUAAAUAUUCUAUUUUUGUGAAAAAAAAUAAAUGUAUAAUAAGUGCAUUUUGUGAUGAACAGUUAAAUGAAAAGGAAGACAAUCAAAAUAAGCAAAAAAACAACAACGAUUUUAAAAUAAAAGAAAAAGAAAUAAAUAAAGAGAAACAUAAAAUGAAUAACCACUUUGCUAAUAAUAAUUUUUAUCAUAAAAAUAAACUAAACAAUAAUAACAACUUCAAUAUGAAUAAAUCAAAAAAUAAAAAAAACGGAAAAAAAUGGAAUAAAAUAUGA